AUGGAAGAACUAUUAGAUCAAAAUGCUGGUAUACUACACGUCUUACCAAAUAUAUUAUCGGGGUUAAUUAAACAUGAACCAGUUUAUGAUAUACUUUUAGAUUCGGUGGAGAAUGCCUUGAUAAGAAGUCAGUUAUUAGAGAUGGAAAUCGACCGUAAUGUUACUGAACUAUCAUUUGAUCAAGAUAAAGCAGCUCUACUAUCAAUGCUCCUCGGCAACAGCUUUAUCAACGCGUUAGAUCUUGUAUUCAAUCUGGAAAUAUCGGGCCCGCUAUGGAAUAUAUCAAUUGUACCUGUAUUAAAAAGAGAUAUCGCCCACUUGUUGGCGAAACUAGGGCUUUGUUGGAAAAACGAACAGCUAGUAAAAGGAAGCUUACAGUUUAUUCACAGAGAAGAAGGUUCUCAUACCCAUGUUGAUUUAUCUAAUUGGUACUGUGAAUGUCAGGAAUACCAGUCCAAAUACAUUGAUGAGAUGCAAGUCAUAAAUAUAAGAGGUGAUUCUUUUCUAGAGCAGUUGUUUCAAAAUAUGAAAUCCAAGCCGUUGUCUCCACUUCCUAUAUGCACACAUAUAAUAGUAAUUCUAAUAGUAAAAUACAAUUCUACGUACUUUAAUAUAUAA